GGUGUCAAUGGGCUGGAUGUGACCAGCCUGAGGCCCUUCGACCUCGUCAUCCCCUUCACCAUCAAGAAAGGCGAGAUCACUGGGGAGGUGCGGAUGCCUUCGGGCAAGGUGGCGCAGCCAGCCAUCACUGACAACAAGGACGGCACUGUGACCGUGCGCUAUGCACCCAGCGAAGCAGGCCUGCACGAGAUGGACAUCCGCUACGAUAACAUGCACAUCCCAGGAAGCCCCCUGCAGUUCUACGUGGACUAUGUCAACUGCGGCCAUGUCACCGCCUAUGGGCCUGGCCUCAGCCACGGAGUGGUGAACAAGCCCGCGGUCUUCACCGUUAACACCAAGGAUGCGGGAGAGGGGGGCCUGUCCCUGGCCAUUGAGGGCCCAUCCAAAGCAGAGAUCAGCUGCACCGACAACCAGGACGGCACGUGCAGCGUCUCCUACCUUCCCGUGCUGCCCGGGGACUACAGCAUCCUGGUCAAGUACAACGAGCAGCACAUCCCGGGCAGCCCCUUCACCGCCAGGGUCACGGGCGACGACUCGAUGCGCAUGUCCCACCUGAAGGUGGGCUCCGCCGCCGACAUCCCCAUCAAUAUCUCCGAGACGGACCUCAGCCUGCUGACAGCCACGGUAGUGCCACCCUCGGGCCGGGAGGAGCCCUGUCUCCUGAAGCGACUGCGCAAUGGCCACGUGGGGAUCUCAUUCGUGCCCAAGGAGACGGGGGAGCACCUGGUGCACGUGAAGAAGAAUGGCCAGCACGUGGCAAGCAGCCCCAUCCCAGUGGUGAUCAGCCAGUCGGAGAUCGGGGAUGCCAGCCGUGUGCGGGUCUCAGGCCAGGGCCUCCACGAGGGCCACACCUUUGAGCCUGCAGAGUUUAUCAUUGACACCCGUGAUGCAGGCUACGGCGGACUUAGCCUGUCCAUCGAGGGCCCCAGCAAGGUGGACAUCAACACAGAGGACCUGGAGGAUGGCACGUGCAGGGUCACCUACUGCCCCACAGAGCCCGGAAACUACAUCAUCAACAUCAAGUUCGCUGACCAGCACGUGCCUGGCAGCCCCUUCUCUGUGAAGGUAACAGGAGAGGGCCGGGUGAAAGAGAGCAUCACACGCCGGCGACGGGCCCCCUCGGUGGCCAAUGUCGGCAGUCACUGCGACCUCAGCCUGAAGAUCCCUGAAAUUAGCAUCCAGGACAUGACAGCCCAGGUGACCAGCCCAUCAGGCAAGAGCCAUGAGGCCGAGAUCGUGGAAGGGGAGAACCACACCUAUUGCAUCCGCUUUGUGCCUGCCGAGAUGGGCAUGCACACAGUUAGCGUCAAGUACAAGGGCCAGCACGUGCCCGGGAGCCCCUUCCAGUUCACCGUGGGGCCCCUGGGGGAAGGGGGAGCACACAAGGUCCGCGCUGGAGGCCCUGGCCUGGAGAGGGCUGAAGCCGGAGUGCCAGCCGAAUUUAGCAUCUGGACCAGGGAGGCUGGCGCCGGGGGCCUGGCCAUUGCCGUCGAGGGCCCCAGCAAGGCCGAGAUCUCCUUCGAGGACCGCAAGGACGGCUCCUGCGGCGUGGCCUAUGUGGUCCAGGAGCCAGGUGACUACGAGGUCUCAGUCAAGUUCAACGAGGAGCACAUCCCUGACAGCCCCUUCGUAGUACCUGUGGCUUCUCCGUCUGGCGAUGCCCGCCGCCUUACUGUUUCUAGUCUUCAGGAGUCAGGGCUAAAGGUCAACCAGCCAGCCUCUUUUGCAGUCAGCCUGAACGGGGCCAAGGGGGCGAUCGAUGCUAAGGUGCACAGCCCCUCGGGAGCCCUGGAGGAGUGCUAUGUCACAGAGAUCGACCAAGAUAAGUAUGCCGUGCGCUUUAUCCCACGGGAGAACGGUGUCUACCUGAUUGACGUCAAGUUCAACGGCACCCACAUUCCUGGAAGCCCCUUCAAGAUCCGAGUUGGGGAGCCUGGGCACGGAGGGGACCCGGGCCUGGUGUCCGCCUACGGAGCCGGCCUGGAAGGUGGUGUCACAGGGAGCCCAGCUGAGUUCGUCGUGAACACGAGCAACGCGGGAGCCGGCGCCCUGUCCGUAACCAUCGAUGGGCCCUCCAAGGUGAAGAUGGACUGCCAAGAGUGCCCUGAGGGCUACCGGGUCACCUACACCCCCAUGGCACCUGGCAGCUACCUCAUCUCCAUCAAGUACGGUGGCCCCUACCACAUCGGGGGCAGCCCCUUCAAGGCCAAAGUCACAGGUCCCCGUCUUGUCAGCAACCACAGCCUCCAUGAGACAUCGUCAGUGUUCGUGGACUCCCUGACGAAGACCGCCAGUGCCCCCCAGCACGGGGCCCCAGGCGCAGGUUCCACUGACGCCAGCAAGGUGCUGGCCAAGGGCCUGGGGCUGAGCAAGGCGUACGCGGGCCAAAAGAGCAGCUUCACGGUGGACUGUAGCAAAGCAGGCAACAACAUGCUGCUGGUAGGGGUGCAUGGCCCCCGGACACCGUGCGAGGAAAUCCUGGUGAAGCAUGUGGGCAGCCGGCUCUACAGCGUCUCUUACCUGCUCAAGGACAAGGGAGAGUACACGCUGGUGGUCAAGUGGGGUGACGAGCACAUCCCAGGCAGCCCCUACCGUGUCCUGGUACCCUGAGCUCUGUGCCUGUGCCAGCUGGCAGCUCCCAGGAUGAGAAGUGCUCCCACGCCCAUCCCCCCAACCUGAGCAGCCCCCCCUGGUCUCCUUGGCCCCGGAGCCCCGGCCGGCCCUGGCCGCCCCAUCACUGCAGCCACCCCAGCCCUGCGUUGCACUCACCUGCCUCCACAUGGGCAAAGGAGAGAGGCGAGCAGAGGUAGCCCUUUGGUGGCUCCGCCUGUCUUCUUUGGUUCUGGGAGGGGUGGGGGGGUACUAUGCACGACCACCCGCUAGUUCUCUUCCCUAGCCAAGAAGAAUAAAGUUCUGCUUCCAUUC